AUGCGAAAAAUAGACAAACUCAUUAAAAUAAUAAAGGAUGAAGAUAAAAAAUACAUCGAAGAUUUAAUUUCAGCGGAACAAACAGAACUAUUAAACCAUGAUGAAUUAAACGAAAAAAACAUUUUGGACAUUAUUAAACAGAUAAAAGAAUUUGAACUGGUGUAUCCAGAUGGUUUUCUAAAAUAUAUAAAGAGAGCAAAAUCCCUUUUGAAAAAAUCAAAAAACAAAAUUAAUAAUUUUUCAAAUUGUUUAAUAGAAAAACCAGAUAAUAUAAUAAAAAUAAAAUUUCCAUGGAAUGAUACGUUACAUGAAUUUGAUGAAUGUAGAAAAAUGGAAAGACAAUUAUAUUUGUCUGAUUCGUUGGUAUAUGACAAAGACAAUUCUUUGAAUGUAUCAUCAUCCAAAUCAAGUCAUAGCACAGAAGAGGAUGAAAAGCAGGAAUGCACAAAACGCAUCAACACUGAAUAUGACACAACUGCUAUUUUUACUCAGAACAGUAAUUCCAUUUCUCUAUCUGAGGGCGGAAUUACUCCGAUGUUAUCUCCCUCAUCAUCGAAUGAUGAAAUUUUCGACACAACUGGGAACAGAAAAUUUGUUAGUAGCUUAUGUGCUAAACCCAAAGGGGUGAAAAUUAAUGAGAGAGAAAGAGGGAUAGGCAGAGCGUAUGAGAUCGAGACAGGGAGAGAAUGUGAGAUCGAGGCAGAGAGAGAGAAAGAAUUAUGGGAAUAUGGUGAGAGAAGUUUAGAAGGAAAUGAAAUUCAAUUAAGCACAGUGACAUGUGAGAAGAUAGCACAAAUUGUUGAAUACAUUCGAUAUGAAGAGGUAGGACUGAGCCAAAUUGAUAGAGUAUGUUUUGUAUUAUUAGCAGGAGGGUUAGGAGAAAGAUUAAAUCAUAAAGAUAUAAAAUUAAAGUUACUAACAAAUUUGAUAUCUGAAAAAACGUAUAUUGAAUAUUAUUGUAAUUAUAUAAAAAGUUUUCAAGAGUAUAUAAAAAAAAAUAAGAAGAAAGAUAUAGAUAUACCAUUUAUCAUCAUGUUGUCUGAUGAUACGUAUGAAAAAACAAUUUCCUUUUUUGAGAAUAAUAACUUUUUUUCUUUAAAAAGACAUCAAAUACAUUUUUUAAAACAAGGAAAAGUACUAUGCUUUAAGGAUAAUGAAGCACACAUAGAUUUUACAUUCCAAAAUGGUACUUUUCACUUUUCGAGAAAACCACAUGGUCAUGGGGACAUUCAUUCUCUCAUUCUAAAUAAUAUUGAUUUAGAUUCUCUAAUAAAACAAGGAUAUAACUAUUUGUAUUUUUUUCAAGAUACAAACGCUCUAGCAAUGAAAGUUUUAUAUCUAUGUUUAGGAAUUUCUAUAGAUAAACAGUUACAUAUGAAUUUUUUAGCUAUUUCGAGAAAACCAGGAGAGGAAAUUGGGGCUAUCUGCAGUUUGACUAGCAUGGAUAAUUGCAAAAAAGUUGUAAAUAUAGAAUAUAAUAUGUUAGAAUCCAUAAUUACAGGUUCAGGAGAAAAAGAAAUUGUUGAUGAAGAUGGUUAUUCCUUAUACCCAGGAAACACUAGUGCUAUCGUGUUUGAGCUGAGAACUUAUAAUGAGCUUUUAAAAAAAACAAAUGGAUUCGUACCUGAGUAUAUUAAUCCCAAGUAUGCCGACGAGAGUAGGAAACAUUUUCUGCGCCCCACCCGGGUAGAAACUAUGAUGCAGGAUUUUGCAUUCUUGUAUUGUUGUCAUGAGUGCACAGGGGAAAUCAUGUCCAAGCAUGCCAAAAUAGGAGAAGAAAACGGUGUUAAUAGCGAUAGUAUAGGAAUUCCUAAUGAUUUGAGUCUCUGUGGGAGAGGUAGAGUAGGAGUUACCCAGUUAGACAGGUGUUUAUGUUUCUCAGCAGUGAAGAAUGAUUCUUUGAAGGCGACAUAUAAUGCUCAAAGGAAUAUACACCCGGAAUGCAUGUUCAGUGCUGAAUCAGAUUUAUACUAUAACAACUGUGUAUUUUUACAACUAGCUUGUAUGUAUAAUCGUAAAAAAUUUGUUUUAGAUAAAAUAGAAAUGAAAACAUUCAAUGGGGUUCAAUAUUUCAUGCCUCCAAAAGUUUUAAUCGAACCAGAAUUUGCGUUCACCCUAAGUGAAAUGAUAAAAAAAGUGAAAGGAAAUAUAACCAUUCGUAAUAAAUCUACCCUCUGGAUAAAAUCAGAUGCACUAAUUAGGAACUUAUAUUUGGAUGGUGCAUUGAUUAUUGAAAAAUUGAAUUGUGAAGACACUAUACUUCCUGUUAUGUUAGAAAAAAAUGUAUGCAUAAGGAAUAGAGGAUAUGAGUUAGUACCACUUACAGACAUUAAUGAAAACAAUUCGGUACAUUUACAGAUAAGGAGAUAUAAAUUAGUGAAAAAAGAAGCCCUUAUAAUAAGCAGUUGA